CAGAGGUGGCUUCAUAUUUCUUGCACGUAAAGUUUACUCUCUACUCCUCGCCGAUUUUGUUUUUUCUGAUUUUUGAUUUUUUUUUUAAAUAUAUCGAAACCCUAAAGCUCCGAAGGUUCUCGCCGGAGAAAAAAAAAUAUGCAGGGUUUAGCGGCGACUACCACCAACCGUGGCUCUCUCACCUUCCUCGCUCCCAGGAACCAUAGUCCAAUUUUGAAGAAUGUUGUGAAUCCAAGGGUGAUCUUCCCCAAUGUUGAUUCAUCUGCAAAGUUAAGAUUUUCAGCAAGCUCAAUUUCACAGAAAUGUCCCCGAGAGAUUGCUCCUCUUAAAGCAACUGCAUCUUUGGACUUUGCAGCAGGAGCAGCAACAUCAUCCAACCAGCUGUUUGCUCAUGGCUUGCCAUCAUUAGCUCCUGGUUUGAGCAGACACCGGAGACCUAUACAGCCUGCAAGAGUGGCCAAAGAUGAUUUCUUUAAAAUCAAACUGCCUAGAAUUGCAGAGAGACCUGAAUGGUGGUGGAGGACAUUGGCUUGUGUUCCUUAUCUGAUAUCCCUCCAAAUAUCUGAUGUUGGGUUCUACCUCCAACCGUUUCUUGAAAAGUAUGACACAAUUGGAGACAUGAUAUAUUUCAUCCCUGGAGCGAUAAACAGAUGGCCGACCUGGUUCUUCAUGGUCUACUGCUACUUGGGUUAUAUGUGGGUGGUGAAGAACAAAGAGCUGCCUCAUUACUUGAGGUUUCACAUGAUGAUGGGUAUGCUUCUUGAAACAGCUCUUCAGGUCAUAUGGUGCACGAGCAAUUUCUUCCCGCUGAUUCAUUUCAAAGGAAAGUUUGGGAUGUAUUAUUGGAUGGUCGUCGGAUUCACCUACAUAUGUCUGCUUCUUGAAUGCAUACGGUGCGCUCUUGCUGGUGUCUAUGCUCAGAUUCCUUUCAUGACCGAUGCUGCUUCCAUUCACACCCUCUUCAACUUGGGAGGUUUUCAGAGACCACUCAGGUGAGAAAGGUGAAAAGCUGGUCCUUUUGGUGUUACAUACUUGGAAUAGGAACAAGUCUUAUUCUUUUUCUCCAUAGAAGGUUUUUGUGUCUUAUCGAGUCAGUCUUAUGUGAAAUCAUUUAGCUUAGUGUCAGUGUCCAUGUGUAAAACAGAACUCUCUUACGAGAGUAGCUUGAAUCAAUGAUUUUACAGCAGAAUAAUCUUGUGGUUGGACUUGUCCGUGAUUUUAAUGUAUGUCUAGUUUGGUUAA